CGUCAGCGACUAAGGCAAAGAAUUAGGGAGUUAUUCUAUUAAAUUAAUCAUGUUUACAUUACAUUUUUCGCCUGUACUAAUCCUAAUGGCACUCUUUGCCAUUCAGGAAAGCUAUGCAGAAUUUUCGACUGAAGACUGUGCGUCUCUUGGCUUUGUAAAAGCCAAUCUACUGUGUUCUUCCUGUGAUCAGCUAAAAGACUUUAAUUUGGAGCCUCUAAUCGAGCAUUGUAAGGAGUGUUGUCACGCUGACGACUCAGCACCGAAAGAAAAGAAGUAUGCGCGUGCCGUGCUCGAAGUUUGUACGUGUAAAUUCCCGGCAUACCCUCAAAUUCAAGCAUUCUGCAAAGGCGACAAGCCUGCCAAGUUUCCGAACUUGCAAAUCAAGUAUGUACGCGGUUUAGACCCGAUCAUCAAGUUGUUCGACAAGGACGGAAUCGUGAAGGAGACUGUGGCCAUAGAGAAGUGGGACACGGACACAGUGGAGGAGUUCUUGCGGGGACAUCUCAUUAGAGAUGAUGAAGAUGACAAGUCCUAUUUGAAAACUAACCAAAUAUAAGCUUUAAUAAAGUAAGUAAUUUUUACAAUAA